AUGGUACAACUUACGACAUCCGAAUACGAUUUAAUCAUCGUGGGCGGUGGCACUGCGGGUUGCGUGCUUGCGAAUCGCCUGUCUGAAGGCCCCGAUGUAUCAAUACUUGUCCUCGAAGCCGGAGAGGAUCGCAGUGACGAUCCACGUGUCUAUACUCCUGGUCUGACGGGCGGCACCUUGGACGACCUUCAGUUCGAUUGGCAAUAUUUGUCAGAGCCAACUUCUGGCGUGAACAACAGACAAAUCAAGCAUCCUCGUGGCCGUGUCAUAGGUGGAAGCAGCGCAAUAAACUCACUAGCCAUCAUCUACCCCUCAGCCUCUGGGAUGGAUGCAUGGGCAGAGCUUGGAAACGAAGGUUGGGACUGGAAAACUUUGGCGCCGUAUUUCCUCAAGUUCCAGACCAUUGUGCCGCCAAGUAAGGAAGUCAGAAGGCAAAUCAACAUCAUACACAGCGAUGAGAAUAUUCGGAAGUCGAAUGGACCAAUUCAGACUGUGUUCCCUCUUCAACCCAACGCGCUACACAAGGUUUGGCUUGAGACGUUUCGAACUUUGAACCUGGAAAAUGUCAGCGACCCACUGACUGGACAUGCCAUCGGAGGCCACACGUCAACUUGUCACAUCACCGGAGAUACUCGUGAGCGCAGUCAUGCAGGAGUGGCGUAUCUGGAUCCCGUUCGUGGACGAGAAAAUCUGACCAUUGUCACCAAUGCGGUGGUCCACAAAGUGGUGAUUGAUGAUGACGGUUCAGGACCGGCAGUCCGUGGUGUUGUAUACUCACAGCACGGCGUUGUCCAUGAAGCUGUAGCGAAGAAGGAAGUCAUCCUUGCGGCGGGUGCGUUCAAUACGCCACAGAUUCUGGAGCUUUCUGGCAUCGGUGACCCUAGCAUUCUCAAGCGACACGGUAUCAACAUCGUGCACGCGAAUUCGGCUGUUGGAGAGAACCUUCAAGACCACCUACGGGUGGGAAUCUCCUUUGAGGCUGCUGAUGGAGUUCCACCAAGGUUACCUCCUCCUACUGACGAAGUGCGCCGGACGUACGAGGACAAUCGAUCUGGAUCUCUAGCCGAGAAUGGCGCGUUUUCGUUCUCUUAUACACCAAUUGUACCUUUCUUGAACCCUGGAGGAAAUGAGAAAUUGAAGAGUCUGCUCGAUCGUCACCUGCAAGAUGAUCACAGCCAGUCGGACUUUGUUCGUAAGCGUAACAAAUUCAUCCGAAACGCCGUCGAAUCUGCUGAUGAAGCGACCGCGGUGUCAUUCUUGAGUAGGAGACCAGCGAGCGAAGUCAACAAUGGCAACUUCAUCACUCUGAACUCCAUGCUGUCGCAUCCUUUCUCCGCCGGAAGUGCCCACAUCAUUUCUGCGGACCCUCAGACCAAACCUAAGGUCGACUUUGACUACUACUCGCAUCCUCUUGAUACAGAGAUACAUGCUCAACACAUCAAGGUGCUGGAGAAGCUGGCAAAGACAAAGCCUUUGGCAUCGUGCAUUAAGCCGGGCGGAAGAAGACUCCCUCAAGGAUAUCCUACCGACACGAUUGACAAUGCGAAGAUGUUGGCGCGGGCUUAUGCGACAACAAACUACCACCCAUGUGGUACAUGUUCUUUGGGCGCCGUGGUGGACAAUCGCCUGAAUGUGAAAGGUGUGCGCAAUUUGAGAAUUGUUGAUGCAAGUAUCAUGCCGAUCAUCCCACGAGGAAACAUCCUGGCAACGGUGUAUGCAGUUGCUGAACGUGCUGCCGAUAUCAUCAGCGAGGACCUAGGCAUCCGUAGAGAGACAUAG